GAAAAAUUUAUGAAAGAAGCGGAAUGGCGCAUGACUCUGUUUAUCCUAUCUCUAAGAAUCAUUUUGAAUUUCCUUAGAGAACGCCUCGUGCAAGUGAUUUAAUUUAGAUUUUAAUUUUUAUUAUGGCCGAAAGAAAGUGUUUAAUAUGUGGGGCUUCUGAGUCAGAAGUCCAGAGAUUAUUUUGUUUUCCAUACAACCCUGCAAGGAAUGAGUUGUGGAUGCAAACUCUGGGUUUUAAAGCAUGUGCUGUAAGAAAGCAUCACAGAAUUUGCAACAACCAUUUCAGAAGGGAAGCUUUCACCGAUUCAAGUUUGCAGAAACUGAAUAGAAAUGCUAUUCCCAUGCCUUGGGUAAUCUCUUCUUCUGCAGCAAAUACAUUGGAAAGCAUGCCUUCCCUUAUUAAUGAGGAACAUGCUGGUACAUCAGGUAUAUCCACAUUCCCAGCGUCAGUUCUAGCUGAUGAGGUAGAACCUAACACUGAUGAGGAACAUGCUGCUGUAUCAAGUACUUCCACAUUCCCAUCAUCAGUUCCAGCUAAUGAGGGAAAAGCUUCUGUAACUGAAGAGAUACAUGCAGGUACAUCAAUUUCAUUAUCAGGUAUGGUUUUUGCUUUCAAUGAAAAUCUUAAAACUUUUAUUCAUUUUGUAUGUAAGAAUUGUCAUUAGACAAUUUCUGACUUAUUAUCAUCACUGAUCAUUAUUACAUAUCAAGUAUUGAGGUGUGUCAGCAAACUUUUUCUAUUAUGAAUAAAUGUAAAAAUCAUUUGUCUAU